GGAAACCCCUUGAUCCUCCAGAGUAACAAUGGCCGUAGCGGGUUGCAGUGUAGAACGCAGCACAGUCGAAACGGGCGAUGGAGUUAAGCUGCAGGCGACAAUUUUCAGACCUGAAGGAGACGAGGAGAAUACACAAGGUAAUCCUGCAAUUGUAUUGGUGCAUCCGUAUUCGAUAUUGGGCGGAUGCCAGGAUCUUCUGAGGGGAAUCGGCAGUGGAUUAGCCAGCAGCGGGUUCACGGCAGUGACCUUCGACAUGAGAGGCGUGGGCAGGUCGACAGGGAGGGCUUCCCUCACUGGAUUUAGCGAGGUUGAAGAUGUCGUCGCGGUUUGUGGGUGGGUGGUACGCAAUAUCGGCGUCGAUAGAGUUUUGCUGGUCGGAUCUUCAGCAGGUGCCCCGAUUGCAGGUUCGGCAGUUGAUAAAAUUGAGCACAUUGUGGGCUAUGUAAGCCUAGGAUACCCAUUCGGCCUAAUGGCUUCAGUCCUCUUUGGACGGCAUCAUAAAGCUAUUCUAAAUUCACCCAAACCUAAACUGUUUGUGAUGGGAACGAAAGACGGAUUCACCAGUGUGAAGCAGCUGAAAAACAAACUUAAAUCAGCCAAAGGCCGUGUCGACACACAUCUGCUUGAGGGUGUGAGCCAUUUCGAGAUGGAAGGUUCUGCUUACGACAGGGAAAUGGUAAAUUUAAUUCUUGAAUUCGUUAAAUCAUUGUAGAUGUAAAAAAACGUAGUAGUUUAUGAUUAACAAAGCCGAAAUCCAUGACUCUCAUCGCUGUGCCACCAUGUUUUCAUUCUGAUCGAUCACAUGUUAGCCUUUUGUUGUUGUGAAAUUAAAUUAAAUGUGCUGUUUAAGCCUUUGUACCAUACAUUUCUGAAUAUGAAAAUUGUCGUUCCAUCUCCAUAUUUCUUGCUUUUUUGUUUUUUCGUAGUUAUAACCAAUAAUAAAUCGCCAUUAUCAUUUACUAGAAGAAAAUUAAAAUGCAGACAUGAUAUCUGAACCUAGGUGUUCUUGUUCCUUAUUGCAACAGUAAAGUCGAAGAAUAAUUUGUAAUAAUGUGUUGUUUAGUACUGAUACGUCACAUGGCACAUGUUCUUCGACACUCACUUUAUGAUUUCCUCUGCACUUAGACAUACUUAGAAAUGCACAGCCAAAUAAGCGUCACAUGUCCGUGCUGUUUGGACCGCUGUUUUAUUAUAUUAGUCUACAACACACAAGAUUUGCAUCUACGAAGAAAAGAACAUUGAGAGGGCUGUUUUGAAAACUUAAGAUCUGACUUCUGAGCCUACAUUAUCCCUCAAUAUAAAGUGUGUCGCAUCCCACAUUUUGACGCCGUGUUUUUGUCAUUUAUAAUUAGGAUCGAUGCUAAACUUCUCGUAUCCUUCCAUCCCUACUAAUCUUUCAUUUGUUCGAUAUGACGAGCGAUUAUCACAAAGCUACUACUUUUGUGCUUCUUUGUGUUCUCUGCUUCCAUUUGAUUUGCAUCUGUAUCGAGAAAUGGAGAAUGUUGUUGCGUUUGGAGAGCCAUACUUGCAGGCAAGAUCAAGAAAGAUGCUGAUGACCGUGAAUUCAAUGCCGGCAAAGAAGCAGAAGUUCGAUGGGGCUGGCGUGGUCGAAGCAGUCGAGAAUGGGCUGAGGAUAAGACCCCCAAGCUCUUCAAAUCCUACUCAGAACAAAUUUACAUCUUACCUAGACCAAGACGAAGAAGACAACGAGUUGAGUUUAGGAUCAGCGUUUAGAAUUGAGAUCUGAAGGUACGGACAUGGCGGCACUCGGACAUCAAUCACCCCUUCCAUCAUCAGACACGCCGUCCUCAUCGUCGGCCUCACCGACGCAUCUUCCUGAACGCACCAAACCCCCGCCUUCACCAGCCUCUCCAGCGCCGCCCUGUCCGCCAGCGCCUCCUCGUCACCGCCGACGACGCUCUCCACCUUCCCGCCGGCGAAGCAAUCCCAAACCCAAUCCACCAGAAUCGGAUUCUCCUCCUCCGUAAAUUCCAGAUUCUGAUCCACGCUCCUCCGACACGUGAUAAUCUCCAACAACAGCACUCCGAAGCUGUAAACAUCGACCUUCGCCGUCACCUGCGAGCUCCGAAACCACUCCGGCGCCACGUACCCCUUCGUCCCCCUAAUGUUCGUUAGGGUUUUGCUCUGGUUUUUCCUCAGGAGUUUGGCUAAUCCGAAGUCGGAGAUUCGGGCGUUGUAUCGAUCGUCGAGAAGAAUGUUCUGAGGUUUUAUGUCGCAAUGAAUUAUCUGAGUUGCGCAUUCUUCGUGCAGGUAUAAUAGCCCCCUGGCGACGCCGACCGCCAUUUGUUUCCUCUGUUUCCAGCUCGGCUUCGCGCCGCCGAACAAGGCGGCGGCUAGGGUUCCGUUCGGCAUGUACUCGUAAGCCAGGAGGCGGUGCUGCCCCUCGUUGCAGAAUCCGAUUAAUCGGACUAAGUUCUUAUGGUGAGUCCUUCCGAUUAUGUCCACCUCGGCUUUGAAUUCCUUCUCGGAAUCCUCGGCGACUCUGUCUAAUUUCUUUACAGCUAGCACGCUUUCUGAAUCGUUUAUUACGACGAUUCCUUUAUAGACGAUUCCGAAUGCUCCCCUUCCGAGUUCUUCGGCGAAUCCACUGGUGGCGAGGACGAGAUCGUUGUAAGAAAAGUAGCAUACAUUUGGUAAAACGACGUUGUUCCGCGGCUGAAUUGGAAGUUGAAGCCGCCGGAAUUUGAAAUUACCGCGGCUCCGGUGAGCAAUGGCGAGGAAUAUGAGCGCAGCAAAGAUGGAGGCGCCGAGAAGAACGGAUAAUACAGUGAUGAGUGUUUUUUGGCCGUUGGUUUUGGUUGAUGGACGGUUGAGAUUUUCCGAUGAAAUAUUGGUUGAUCGGAGUUUCAGAAAGGCUUUCCCGCCGAGUGACCUGUCGACUUGGCCGUUGGAGAGCGGCAGCCGCUUUUUCCAGCAUUGGUUGCUCCGGAAGAUGGCGGCGCCGCAGAAACAAUCGGUAAGGCAGAGGCGGCGACACCGCUCCUCGGUGCUCGGAUUCUCUGUCGCAUAAUCGUUCAAAGGCCAGUCGGUGUCGGGGAUCUCCGACAGCUGAUAUUCAUCGCCGCUCUCGCCGGGAAGACACGUCUGCACGUAAUCCGGCGUGCAAUCGCCAUAACUGUUGGUAGGAUCGACCAAUGAGAAUUGCUCCGGGCACCGGCAGAUUGGCCGGCCGUCGUUGACACUGCAUAUGCUGUUGUACCCGCAAGCGCCGGAGCCUAUCGCUCCCCUGAAUCCGGUGCAUAUGUUAUCCGGCAAGGAAUCCAAAACCGUCCAUCCUGGAUUGCCGCCAGCGAAGCUCCGGGGAUGAUAGUACUGCGUGAAAACGCCGUCGAAAUCGAGAGUUGCUCGGUAAUAAUUUUCGGCGAUCGGCGGGGCGUUGAUCACGUCGGAGAUCGGAGAAAUCGCGCCGUUGCGCCGCACGACGGAGAGGACGGUGACGUUGCUGAAGACAAGGCGGACGCCGGAAUUCGAAGCGUUCGCGUUGUCGAAGGUAUUUGAGCUGUAAUAAUUGGCGUCGAAAUCGGUGGUGCUAGGGAAGGUCUUCGUGCUCAGCAGGAAAUUUCCGGCGGGGGUCAUCCUGCCGUAGAAUCUUCCGUCGGAGAAAUUGGCGGCCGUCGAUCGGGAAAUCAGUUGGCCGUUGAUCUCGAUUGUCUGAUCUGGCAGCAUCGUGUCCGUCGGAUUUCUGAAACUCUGCCACAGCCAGGUGGAAUCGUUUCCCCGGAGAAUAAAAUUGCCUGUAUCAUUCAGGACUGCAUCGGCGACGCGACCGGAGAGGUUGCCGGAGGUGUUGAGUGUCGUGCCCUGAGGAUCCUGGAGAGAAAUUCCGGCGAUGGGAUCGAGGCGUACGGUGGAGCCCCGGCGCACCGGAAAACUGUCCUUCUCGUACCAGACGAUGGUCUGAUUGGGAAUCUUGUCGAACCAAAUGGACAAGACGAAGAGAUCGUCGUUUUGAGGGAGUGUCUGGAAGCCGAAGGCGAAGUCGCCGUUGGGCGAGCGCCAUGGAUUGGAGGUUCCGUUGGCUGUAAUGGAGGCUCCGGCGGGUAUGGUUCCGGUGAAUUGGGCCGCGGAAUGCAGCGGGAAGAGUAGAAUUGUGAGGAAGAGAAGGAAAGCCGCCAUUGCCAGCCCCAGCCGCAGGGAAUUCAAUUAUACAUAUUCAGAUAAUUUGAGGUAUAGAUACAUAUAUAGAAGUUUUGUAGGACGCGUGUCUGGUUUGAGAGUGAAGAAGACGAGACGAGUGAAGCUUCUUGGAAUGAUGGAUGAAGUCCUGUCAUUGUCAAGGACAACAAAAUGAAUUGUAUUCCUCUAUUCUUAAUUACCAUUUAGAUACGGAGGAAGUUUCCAACUGUAUUUGGUUCAAUUCGUUAUCAAACUAACAUUGUAAAUAAAAAUAAAGCAUCCAGUUAGGGUUUUGUGUUUUGGUCAAACACGUGGUUCCUUAAUUUUCUAA